CUGCAAUGUCACACUUUCGGCGCCAGGGAAAAUGUUUUCGUCGCCACCCGUAGCUAUUUUCGAGUCGAACGGUAUCGCAUCUAGAUUUUCCUGCGCUAUGGUACUGCGUAAACGGAUAAACGAGAAAUUAUCGAUCGGCAAUUCGAUUAACUAUCCAUUCGCUAUUUCGUACUUGCGGCACUUACGCUGCUUCUAUCGCAAUUGACGCAACAUUGGUAUGUAAAAAUCGAGCACCGUAGUGUAUCAUUGAAUUCAUUGUCAGUUUCUGCUGUCGAGACACGUAUAGUCAAAGGUUGCGCUGAUAACAACGUCGUUGUCGUCCCCUAUAUAUAAUCACAGUCCCGGUCGUUUCGUCGCGUGCAUCCCAAGUGAUAUAUAUAUAUAUAUAUAUACAUAAAUUAUAUAUAUAAUCCGGAGAAUAUUUCGGCAUGGCGGCACUACUCCCGGACAUCAAUAGCGUUAAGGCGAAGGCGUUGCAGACCUUCGCCGAGAAAUUCGGCGAGCAGGCCGCCGUUUGCGUGUACGCGCCGGGACGCGUUAAUCUCAUCGGCGAGCACACCGACUACAACGAGGGUUUCGUACUGCCGAUGGCCCUGCCGAUGGUCACGGUGAUGGUUGGGAAUUCUCACGGUGGUAAAAAAACCAGAAUUCUUUCCUUGAGUAACGCGGUCGGCGCUAUAAACGAGUUCGAUUUCGAAGCCGGGAGUCGAGCUGAUAUAAAACCGGGGGAGCCAAAAUGGGCGAACUAUAUAAAAGGAUGCAUCGCUAAUUUUAUUUGUGACGUUCCCGCGUUUAAUGCCGUAAUUGUAUCGACUGUGCCAGCAGGCGCCGGGCUCAGUAGUUCUGCGGCUCUGGAGGUAGCGACUUAUACCUUCUUGGAAGCCUUGAGCGGGAAAAAACCGGAGAAACCAGAGCAGAAGGCUUUAGCAUGUCAAAAAGCCGAGCAUAACUUUGCUGGGGUGCCAUGCGGUAUAAUGGACCAGUUUAUCUCAGCUAUGGGCAAGGAGGGCUGCGCCCUUUUACUUGACUGUCGCGAUCUUAUCACUAAACAAAUACCUAUGCUGCACCUACAUAAUUACGUUUUUCUCAUAACGAAUUCGAACGCGCCGCACAAACUAAGCUCGAGCGCCUAUUGCGAGCGCAGAGAUUGUUGUUACGAAGCCGCGAAAAUCUUGGGCAAGAAGAGCCUGAGAGAUGCAAAUAUGAAUGAUAUUCUAGCAUUAACAUCGCGAAAUACAUCCGAUCGCAUUGUGAAAAGGGCUCGUCACGUGGUAACGGAAAUUCAACGAACUCUGGACGCUGCGGUGGCGCUCGAGAAAGGUGACUUUCAGCGAUUUGGCCGAUUAAUGAAUGAAAGUCACGAUUCAUUGCGCGACGAUUACGAGGUCUCGUCCAAGGAGCUCGAUUCGCUGGUCUCGGCGGCCAGAGAGGUAGACGGCGUGCUGGGAAGCCGUUUGACAGGCGCCGGCUUCGGUGGCUGCACCGUAACUUUGUUGAGAAAGGACGCGGUUGACAAGGCGGUUCAACAUAUGAAAGCGAAAUAUUCCGGAACGCCCGCAUUCUACAUAGCGACUCCGUCUGGAGGUGCCCGAGAAAUCAGCUAGUCAAUAUCUUUCUUAAUUUCUUAAAUAUAUAUAUAUACAUGUACAUAUUUUACUUAUUAAUUGUUAAUAUCGUAUAUUAACAAUUGUACGAUUCUUUAAAAUACAUAACUGAUUUUUCAGAAUGUAUAUACACAUAUUGUUUGCCUGUGUUUAUCGAAUACACAUUUUUCGUAGCACGAACGGAAUUUUGAUAUAUUUACAGUAAAGUUGUUUACAAUGCAUGUAAAAUUGUCA